AUGGGGAUUCCAGGCCUUUUGUGUGCGAAACGAUGUGCAGAGAGAGCCGUUUGCGCGAAGCUUGCUUCUGGCACCAUAAAAAAAAGUCCUGUGAUUCCGCUUGUUCAGCAUCUGUAUGCGUUUUCCACUCCCAGAUACGAAAGGCUGUGGGACUUGAGAGUCCAUCAUGUUCCAAUAAAUCUUCCUCAGCUAAUGGCCAAGAUCGGCAACGAUUCUCCACCAGCUGCCAUCAAACCGCGCGCUCGAGGUUAUGGCAGAGAUUUGGCCAGGAGCAGUGCAUUUUUUGGAGUGAAGAUCAAUGGCUUGCCUUCCAAUUUCAUGGCUGCAUCUAACAGGUUCACAUCACAUCAGGCUCAGCGCCUGCUCAUUGUGGCAUGCGACAAACACGGAGACGACAGUAAAGAAGCCAAGAACCUGAUUCGCGAAUUCUUCUCGACUUUUCACAGCAGGCUUUCUGGGACAGAGGUGGUCGUCGAUGAUGAUUUGAUGAAGGAGUGCUGCAUCCGUUCGGGAAUCUGCGCAGAAGAAGCCGAAGCAAUGAUACGGGUGUCGGCGACUGAAGAGAUAAAGCGGAAGUUGAAGGCCAACACCAUGGAGGCCGCGGAGAAGGGCGCGUUCGGAGUGCCUACAAUGGUGUGGGAUUCGCCCAAAUUGCCUUUGCGGGAUCGCAUGUUCUUCGGGUCUGACCGCUUCGAACAGAUUGCGUUCUUGCUGGGCAAGGACUGGAGGGGCCCUGUUCCUGAACGGUCCAAACUGUGA